CCGUUGCACAGCAAUAUAAAACUUGGACCUGAGUAUAUGCAUCUAUGAGCUUCGUACUUUAAUUCUCAGAAUAUUGAUUAUUGUUGAUCAAAACUCCUGAUAUGUAGUUGCUGAUCCUGAAAGCCUUUCUGCAAAAUGUUGUAUGAGUGGAGCGUUGCAUAUUCCAGCCAUCAGUGAAAGUUCUCUGGCAGAAUUGCUGCAUUAAAAGCAAUAAUAGAAUAAAAUAAACCAAGAAGAAGAAAGAGGAAGUUGUGACGACUACUUAAUGCUACUUUUCUCACGAUUUCUUUAAGGUCCAAAAAAAGAGGAUGGUACAGAAGAAACUUUUAAUGAUGUAUUACCCACAUCAGGUGCUGGAGCAUAAACACGCGUUUUUCUUAUAGAUCUUACUAGAACAAAACCAUAUAUUUCACAAUCUAACAUGUUAAUUCAUACCCAGAGGUUCUGUAUAUUCAAGUUGCAAUUCCUGUUUCAUUUGCCAAUGUAUUUCCAGCUUUGGCAUCUGAACUGAGUGCUAGUUCUAUUUUUGACAAUAUAUACUAUCACUCAAGAGCAAAUGACGUCGUUUACUCCUUAAAUAGAAUUACAGCCCCCUAUUUUCCCGCUGUUAUUAAAUUUUGGCGCAGCAAAUGAAAAUUUGCACUCUCUCGGAUGAUCAGCAAGCUCUCAUGGCGACAAUUAAUAAAGCCUCAUCAAUAUAUCAUCCGUUCCUUCUCCAGUCAACAGAAUCAACAAUAUUCUUACAUGCAACUCUCCCGAAAGUUGUACGAAGCAAUGGGGCAUUGUUCCUCAAUGCCCAUCGCUCGAAAACUUCAUGCCCAACUCAUCUCUACAGGAUUAUACAUUUCCAUUUUCCUUCACAACCACCUCUUGAAUAUGUACCUUAAUUGUCACUUAACCCAUGACGCUUGCCGGGUUUUUGCUGACAUGACCUUUCGCAAUGUUUUUAGCUAUAAUACAAUGAUUACUGGAUUAAGUAAGGCGGAACAAAUAGACAAAGCCAAGAAGGUGUUCGAUGAAAUGCCUGAAAGAGACUCUGUUUCUUGGAACUCUAUGAUGUCGGGUUAUUUUCGAAAUGGAAAGUAUGAGGAGGUUGUGAAGGUGUUUGUUUUGAUGAUUCGGAAUUUUACAUGUAUUGUUAACUUGCUGUCUUUUUCUUGUGCCAUGAAAGCUUGUGGUGCUCUUGGUUGUUUCAAAUUGGCUAUUCAGUUACAUGGGCUUUUUGAGAAAUUUGAUUUUGGAAGUGACAAAUCGAUUGAAACUUCGGUUAUGGGUAUGUAUAUUAAGUGUGGUGCGUUUACCUACGCCGAUCGAGUGUUUUUGGGGAUCCGACAACCGAGUUUGUUUUGUUUCAAUAGUAUGCUUUAUUGUUAUUCUAAUUCUUAUGGGGUUGGAAAGGCUCUUGACUUGUUCAACCGAAUUCCAGAACGUGACAGUGUUUCUUGGAGCACAAUAAUUUCGAUAUUGUCUCGACAUGGUUUUGGAGUUCCAACUCUUAGUAUGUUUAUUGAGAUGUGGACUCAAGGUUUUAGACCCAAUUCCAUGACAUUUGCUUGCGUUCUUAGUGCAUGUACCAGCAUUCAUGAUCUAGAAUGGGGUGCCCAUUUGCAUGCUCGGAUUAUCCGAAAGGAAAUCAUUCUUGAUGAUUAUGUAGGUAACGGUCUGGUUUAUAUGUAUGCAAAGUGUGGACAUUUAAAGUUCGCUAGACGGGUAUUUAACAGUCUAACAGAGCAUAAUGCAGUUUCAUGGACUUCUUUGAUUAACGGAGUUGCCCGGUGUGGACUUAAAGAAGAAGCAUUGCUACUAUUUAACAAAAUGAGAGAGGUACUUGUGGCGUUGGAUGAGUUUACUUUUGCAACAGUUCUUAAGGUUUGUUCACAUCCAAACUUUAAUUUUACUGGCAGACAACUUCACGCACUUACAACCAAGACUGGGAUGGGUUCCAUUGUUACUGUGGGGAAUGCUCUUAUCACAAUGUACUCAAAAUGCGGUGAUACUCAGAAGGCAGAUUGUGUGUUUAAAAUGAUGCCAGUUAGAAAUAUAAUAUCCUGGACAUCUAUGAUCACUGCAUUCUCUCAAGCAGGUUAUUUUAGAAAAGCACAGGCUUGUUUCAAUAAAAUGCCUGAGCGAAAUGUUAUAACAUGGAACUCCAUGAUCAGUAUGUAUAUUCAACAUGGAUUUCAGGAAUGGGGUCUCAAAUUGUAUGUGCGGAUGCAAAGGGAACGCAUUGCGCCAGAUGACAUCACUUUUGCAACUUCAAUCAGUGCUUGUGCUGACUUAGCAAUGUUAAAACUUGGAAACCAAAUUGUUGCUCAAGCUGAAAAAUUAGGAUUUGGAUCUGAUGUAUCAGUUGCUAAUAGUUUGGUUACCAUGUAUUCAAGAUGUGGACAAAUUGAAGAAGCACGUAAAGCUUUUGAUUUAGUAAGUAUGAAAAAUCUGGUGUCUUGGAAUUCAAUGAUAGCUGGAUAUGCUCAGAAUGGUCAUGGAAGAGUUGCAAUAGAGGUUUUCAAAAAUAUGUUAGAGAUGGAAUAUAUUCCUGAUCAUAUAAGCUAUUUAUCUGUUUUAUCAGGUUGUAGCUAUGCAGGGCUUGUAACAGAAGGGAAAAAUUACUUCAAGUCUAUGUCUGAAGAUUACGGCAUUUUACCAACACAUGAACAUUUUACAUGCAUGGUAGACCUGCUUGGCCGGGCUGGAUUGCUAGAGCAGGCUAAAAAUUUGAUUGAUGACAUGCCUUUUACACCGAAUGGUGAUGUUUGGGGAGCUCUGCUUGGGGCUUGCAAGAUCCAUUGCAACUCAAAAUUAGCAGAAUAUGCAGUCAAGAACUCGCAAGAACUGGAUGUGGAUAACUCUGGAAGUUAUGCACUUCUAGCACACAUUUAUUCAAGUCGCGGCAAUCUAGAAGGUGUUGCAGAUCUCAGAAAAUUGAUUAAAGAGAAAGGGAUACAGAAGAGUCCUGGUUAUAGCUGGAUAGAGGUCAAUAACGAGGUGCAUGUGUUCGCCAUAGAUGAGACUAAUCACCCACUGAUCAAGGAAAUCCAUGCGAUGAUAGAUGUCAUUCUUAAUACAUUAAUAUUCAACGUCCCAAUGGAUGAAGGUACUGCAGAAUAGACCGGCUAAAAUGGAAGAGUGAACAAUGUGGAGCUAGAGCCUGAGGAGCUCUAAAGGUAAGUUCAAGUUGGAAUCAUAAUGGAGGUUCUGAAGCUUACAAGAGACAGUUCCACUGUUGUUAAAUUAUGGGGAAAAAUGCACCAAACUCUGCAGGAAGGAGAUGGAAGGGUGUAUUCUGAAUCUGAAUUGGAAUUGGCUGGCACAAAGAGCCCCAAUGAUGCUAGGAGUUCAGUUAACAUUCUUUAAGAUUGUAACAUUUUUUAGUGCAGUUAUUUUUGCAGAGUCAUAGACAAGCUUUCUUGGAUUGACUAACAUUCAUUCCCUUACUAUGAAGAACCUUUGAGAGAGUUUGCUAUGGUUGUCACUUGGUUACUAAGUUGGCUCCCUUGGUUAAUAUCAAUAAACUUAUACUCAUAUGUGGAUAUGCACUUCAUAAUC